CCCAACGUUCUAUCCCUCCCAAGGUCACCUGUCGCCACUGAUCCUUACGCCCUACCGGCACAUUUCUUCCUCAACUCGGGUAUUUAUAAAGACCGCUUGCUGCUGGCAAGAGACACUGGCACUGCUCAAAUAUCUUUGACAUUAUCACUGUGUGAAAACAUGCAAGCCAAAAGCAAAACCGAGAACCGUGCCGAAUACUGUACCGGGUACUCGGAGGACGUGGACGUCAUCCGAGAGCGGGAGUAUCCCUUCCUCAAAGAUACGACUUACUUAGACCAUGCCGGCACAACGUUGUAUCCCAAGUCGUUGAUCGACUCCUUCGCACGCGACCUGACUUCGAACCUUUUCGGCAAUCCUCAUUCUCGAUCUGCAUCAUCCCAGCUGUCUACACAGCGCAUAGAUGAUAUCCGCCUCAGGGCACUUCGCUUUUUUAAUGCGGACCCGGAUGAGUUUGAUCUCGUAUUCGUAGCGAAUGCUACAGCUGCCAUUAAGUUAGUGGCGGAUGUGUUCCGGGACUCAUCGCCACAGGGGUUUUGGUAUGGAUACUUUAUAGAUGCGCAUACGAGCCUGGUAGGAGCGCGGGAGAUUGCGGAAAAGGGGCAUAGAUGCUUCCUGACCGGUGGUGAGGUUGAGCAAUGGAUAUCGGAGUUGGUUACCGAUCAAAAGAACUUCCCCAGGCUAUUUGCAUACCCUGGGCAGUCCAAUUUGAACGGUCGUCGCUGUCCUAUGCAGUGGUGUAAGAAGAUACGGGAUGGGAGUUCAAACGCGGCAAAUGUUUAUACCCUGCUUGAUGCUGCAUCGCUCGUUUCCACUUCACCCUUGGACCUGAGUGAUGCAUCUGCUGCGCCUGAUUUUACAGCGCUCAGCAUUAUUGCGAAACGCAAGUUCUUCGGCGGCGGGACAGUUGAUAUGGUUCUGGCCCAAGGAACACCAUGGCAUGCAAAGAAAUCCACGAUCCACGAGCGCUUAGAGGAUGGUACUUUGCCGUUCCAUAAUAUUAUUGCGCUUGAUUCUGCGUUGUCUGCACAUGAACGUCUUUUUGGAUCGAUGGGCAAUGUCUCGUCCCACACACGCUACCUGGCAAAGCGGCUACACAACCGGUUGGCCACGAUGACCCAUUUCAAUGGGAAGAAAGUUUGUCAUUUGUAUAUGUCCCCAGAAUCAGACUUUGACAAUCUCACGCAAGGGCCGAUCAUUGCGUUCAACAUACGGAAUAGCUCUGGUGCGUGGGUUGGAAAGUCUGAAGUUGAGAGGCUCGCGAAUGUCAAGAAGAUACAUAUCCGGUCAGGAUCUCACUGCAACCCGGGAGGAACGGCAACUAGCCUUGGCUGGACCGGGCCUGAAUUGCUCCGUAACUUCUCCGCUGGACUGCGCUGUGGUGAUGAUCACGACGUCAUGGAUGGGAGGCCGACUGGCAUCUUAAGAGUCAGUCUCGGUGCGGUCUCCAACCUCAGAGAUAUUGACACAUUCACGAGGUUCAUUGACGAGUUUUACAUCGAAAAGGCGCCGGAAUGUAUAUCUCUGGUUCCACCGAUGGAAGUUAGCUUGCAAGAGCCCAGCUUCUACGUGGAGAGCCUUUCAGUGUAUCCGAUCAAGAGCUGUGGAGCGUUCAAGGUUCCCGAUGAUCAACGCUGGGAGAUCAAAAGAGAAGGCCUCGCAUGGGAUCGAGAAUGGUGUCUUAUCCAUCAAGGUACUGGCGCCGCUCUCAGUAUGAAGAAAUAUCCCCGCAUGGCGCUGAUACGGCCGGUCAUCGACCUGGAGCGUGGUGUCCUUCGUAUUACCUGCGGGUCGGACCCAAAAGAGCUGGAGGUCUCUCUCCGCCGCGAAAUCACUAAUCUAGUUACCACCUCGCUGUGUCAGAGCGCGAAAUCCUCUAACGUCUGUGGUGACCGAGUGGUCGUCCAGGCAUAUUCCUCACCUGCAGUAGCCUCUUUCUUCUCUAACUUCCUUGGUGUACCGUGUACACUUGCAAGGUUCCCGCCACAAAUCUCCACUAGGAUUUCAAAUCCCACUCGUUCGUCUAGAAGAAGCCAGAGAGCCCUCAUGCCUGGCUCUUUCCCAGAAGACCCAUCACCGACGCCUGAACAACCACCUAUACUCCUAUCCAACGAGAGCCCAAUCCUCCUCAUUUCUCGCUCGUCAGUCAAUCGCCUGAACGAAAACAUCAAGUACAGCCCUAGACCCAGCCACAGCACUCCAGCAAGGGCCGUAGAAGCCGAUGUUUUCCGCGCCAACAUUGUGGUCGCCGAGAAUCUUCACCGGCUAGCUAACGCCGAGCGUCCAUAUAUAGAAGACACUUGGGAGUCAUUCUCUGUUGGACCGGAACAGUUGGACUUUGAUGUGCUCGGAUCAUGUCAACGGUGUCAGAUGGUCUGCGUUGACCCUUAUACUGGCACCCGUCGAGAGGAGCCUUAUUCGACACUGGUGAAGACUAGGAAGAUCAACAGUAAGAUCGUGUUUGGAAGGCACGCUUCUCUAUCUAAAAUGGAGCUUUUGCAGGAUGCUGGCAACCCUAAAUCUUGCACAGUUAUGGUAGGGGAUGUUGUGACGCCGCAGAUUUCUUAA